AAAUAGAAAUUUGAUUUGUACGGUGGCCCUGAAGGACAAAACCAAUUUACAAAAACUGUACAUCCCUAGUACAAACAUUAAUGAGAAUAACUUAAAUUAGUUCAGUUAGCUGGUUUAUGGGUUAGCAUGACUUGGUUACACUUGUACUUUGCUAAGGGAGUUGACAUUGCAAAAAUUCCACCAUCUAAACAGUUGCUGUUAACAUUUCUGGUUCAAACAAGUGUUCUGUAGACAUACCAUAGUUGUGUGUUACAGUAGACUACAACUUGUUUUCAUUUCCCCUUAGGAUGUUACUCCAAAUACUGCUGGGCUUCCUGUGUGGCAUCGCGGCUCAGCAAGAUCCCCCACCGCCACUGCUGCUGGUGUCAUUCGACGGCUUCAGGGCUGAAUACCUGCAGAGGUUCCCCAUGCCAAACCUGAAGCUCCUGUAUGACCGGGGGGUCCUGGUGGAGGAGCUCACAAACGUCUUCGUCACCAAGACGUUCCCGAACCACUACAGCCUGGUGACGGGGCUUCACUCAGAGUCUCACGGUAUAGUAGCUAACGUCAUGUACGACCAGGUCAGCAAACAGCACUUCAAUGUCGGCAAGAAAAACGACCCCUGGUGGUGGAACGAGGCAGAGCCCCUCUGGGUUACGGCGCUGAACUCCGGCUACAAGACGGCGGCGAUGAUGUGGCCGGGCUCCGACGUAGCGAUAAGAAACCGUACGCCGACGCAUUUCAUGCCCUACGACUCCGGGAUGACGUUCCGGCAACGAUUGGGGACUGUGACCAGAUGGAUUCUGGGAGAUGGAAAGGAGGAAGGAGUGAAGUUCACAGCUCUUUACUGGGAGGAGCCAGACAGGUCGGGUCACAAGUACGGCCCUGACAACACCACCGCUAUGGCGAAAGUUUUAAAGGAGGUUGACGACAACAUCGGACUCCUGGUUUUGGAGCUGAAGCAGACCGGCCUAUGGGGUCACAUCAACGUCCUGAUAGCCAGCGACCACGGCAUGACUCAGUGCUCGGCUGAGCGUGUCGUAAGGCUGGACGACUGCAUCCACCCGGACAACUACACGCUGGUGGACCUUGCGCCUGUGACCGCCAUCAUCCCACACACAGAUCCAGGAGCCAUCGUUGAACAGCUGAAUAAGUGUCACACCCAUAUAAGGGCAUAUUUGAAAGAGGACAUCCCUGAGAGGUUCCACUACAGGAACAACAGACGCAUACCGCCAGUCAUCGUGGUCGCUGACGAGGGCUGGACCAUUUUGCAGCGUGGGAACAAGUUUGAGCAUUUGGGCAACCACGGCUACGACAACGCCCUAGCCAGCAUGCACCCCUUCUUGGCAGGGACUGGACCAAGCCUCCGUCAGGGUUAUCGAAUCAGCAGUUUAAAAAGCGUUGACAUUUACCCGCUCAUGUGCCGCCUGCUGUGGGUGCCCCCUCUUCCAAACAACGGCACCCUCUCCCACGCUCGGUGCCUGCUGGCUGUGGAGAACUGCUGGGAAGCCGGUCUGUCAGUGCUCCUGAUAGUGGGACUCCUGAUGCUUGUCAUGGCAGUAGCAAUUGUCCUCAGGUUGGUGUGCCGUCGAUGCAGCUCAGAACCCCUGAUGUUACAGAACUGUAUGGAGGCAGAACCCCUCAUCUUAGAGAGCGGUUUUGAGGCAGACAACAGCACCGUAUGACUGUCUCAGUGUUUCAACAGACGCUUUAUGAGUGGGAAAGACUGGCUGCAUUGGAAAGCCGUCAAAUGCCGCACUCUUUACGCCACGGCACGUGAAAAAAAAGUCUGGUGAGCUGAAGGAAGAGGAGAGUUGCUAUUGAAGCUAUGCGUUUAACAGAUGAAGGGAUGAAUAUAAAUCAACAAGGGAACAAAGCUGACUCAGGCUGCACCACAGUGUACAGAUUUUUUAAACUUUAUUUAUGAAACAUCCUUAAUGCAGUCCAUUUCCCACUUAAUGCAGAGAGGAAGGGACGUUCUUUGAGAGAGAUAUUACUGUUACUGUUCAUAAUUUUGCUGUUGUUAAACACUGUUUAGACUUGAUGCUGGUAAAGGGAAUAUUUAAGAGUCUUUGGUCAAGGAAUUAUGCUGAGAUAUGUUAAAUGUUGGUUGAAUGUUAAAUGUAAAUUACAUUUUAUUUAAUAAUGUUUCUAUUUUCAAAGAUAAAUAUAUAUAUAUGUAUUUUCUAUUUUGUUAUGUCACUUUUAGUCAGCAGAGGGAGCCAGUUUUUCCUUCCAGAUUUAAUAAUUAUCUCAGUGAGAUCCUGUCUUCCAUAAGUAGCAAGGCUCAUAAGUGUAUUCAGAGAAGUUUUUAUAUUUAUAAAUGUAUAAAUACAUUUAAAAAGUAUAUUUAUAAAUACCAUUAUUUUCUUAAUGACUUACCAGGUUAAAUAAAGGUUAAAUACAUUAAAUAUAUAUAUAUUUUACUGUAAUUAAAAAAAAACUACAAUCAAAAAAGUUAAAAGCAUAAAAUAAUGGUACAUUUGGUAAUAACUGCUACAAAAGCUGAAGUUCAGCUGUAUAACAUCUAUUUUUAAGCAUCUGGUUGGACUUUUCAACAAAGGAAUUUAACUCCAUAUUUGAUGUUUUUUACCUUUAGCACUCACUCUUCUUCUUUUUAACCCUCAGUAAACAUCUUGUUACACCAAAGCAAACAAUGGACUCAUCAGAGUGACAUGUAUAUAUUAUAUCUGACAAUCAGAUCUCCCUUGUUGAACAACAAGCUCCUUUGGUGUCCUAAAGCUUUUAAUAACAUCCUUUAAAGUCACAUUGUUUGACAAGGAGUGCAACAAUGUAGCUGUGUUGACUAAUCAUGGACAUUGUUUGUUUGAAGUCAGUCCCACAUACACUGCAGCUGCUGGAAAUACUCAGGAAGACAACUUCAAGUGAAAGUUAACUUCAACAUGUAUCUCUCUCACACACAAGACGAUUUAAGCUAGAUUUACUCCCAUGGUGAUGAUGAAUAUCAAACUUAUUUAAACUUAUAUAUUUACUACUCCAGGUAAAACCGCCUCUGACGUAACACCCGCAUUAACCAAUGAGAGCAGAGCACUGGGAAGCGUUACCAACCGGAGGCAGCGUUCUUACACAGCUCACGAGAGUGUCAGCGAACGUAAACACCAACAAACUAAGUAGAUUAAUAAUAAAAAGAAGACAAACACGUGGCAUUAUUUACCUGGGCUGUAUUCUUGUCCUCCUUUUUGUUUCCUGUGUCACGGAACACACACCGGGACCUCGUUUGUUUAUCACCUGAAGUCACGUUUAAUCCCGCGAGAUUACUUGAGAUCUCAUGUUUAGUGUGUGUUCAGAGGAUUAUGAUGUUAAAAAUGAGUAAAGUGUGUAGUCUCAUACUGUUUUUAAGUGGUUAAGAUUUAAAAUGUAUCCAGUGUGUCGCUAACUUAGCUGUCAAAAGAGAAGAUUGCACUUAAACACUUGCAUUGCACUGUAUGCACAUGUUCCCGUCCUGUUGCAUCUGCUUUUCUUGGUAAAAAGGAAGAAUAUUAUGUUUUCAUGAUUAUGUUUUGUCAGUUACACCUUUCUUAUACCUGUGAAACAUAAACUGUGCCAUAAAGCAAGUAGCAGUGUCAAACUCAGACCAGUGGUGUUAUAUGAGAUGCAGUGAAGAAACGACUAUAGUGUCAAAAUGAUGUCUUUGUGUUUGUAAUGUUUAAAUGUGUUUGUUCAUCAACAUUAUUCCCUCUUUCCUUGUCUUUCUUUUGUGAUCUCUAACAUAUAUUUUUCAUUCUAACCAAUCAUUCCUUGUUGUUGAAUAAAAUUCUGUUGAUUGAAAA